CCAGUCAGUUAACGUUAGCUAACUUGCAAACAACCGUUACACCACCGAGACUGACACCCGGCUAGUUAAACCAGCGGAUUCUGACUUUAUACAUUACACGGAUCCAUGGAACAGUUAUCCCAAGGUUGUCUCGUAGUUGGCGUGUUUUUUGUGGAUUAAGGCCGACCGGGAAGGGGACGACAUUAGCUCGCCGUUUGCUGGUUGCUAAGCUAGCUAACUGUAGCCUCAUAGACGCUAGCGUGACUAACGGCUGUUACGUUCGCAGGAGAGCGUUCUGACUCGGAGGAAGGAAGGAAGGGAGGAAACUGAUAAGUAACGUUAGGACCACUGCGCACCGCUGCUUAUGCAAAGCCACCGUACUUUCUUUUUUUUUUUUUUGGACUGCUGAGUUGUCACACCGUGACGCAUUUAGAAAAGGUGACUAUCUGUGCACCUUGUGUGAUAUUUAACACCAUUUGGUUAAUGAGAUGUGCUGUUAGUUAGUUAGCUGUCAACAACAACAGUCCUCUUGGCUCGCUGUAUAGCGGACGAGAGCUAGGACGCUAGCCACAAACUUCCAAAGAAGUUGUGUUAAGUCAGAUUCAGCUGUCUGGCUGAUAUAUGUUAACCAGCGAACCGGUGUUUUAAACGUUUCGUUAACUCUGGUCGAGCACCAGGGCGACAGGAGAAACUAAUGGCAACGGAUGUGAUCGAGGGCGAAGCGGUGCUUAAGGGUGUAUGUGAUAUGAGUUUGAACAAUAGCAGCCCAGAUUUUGUCACACCCAGGAGGACUCAUGAGGAGCCGGGAAACAGACAGACUUCUAGUCCCUCGUCUUCUGGGGUGUCGGGAGAAGGCGACGAGGAGGAAUUGGACGAAUUACAAAAUAGCACAGCUUCUGCUGUUGAAAAUGGCGAAGAGGCACUUCAAGAGAGUCUAACCAAAACAAGAGGUACGCCACAGGAAAGGAGAACUCCAGACAAUGAGCAGAAACAGCCGGGAGCAAGGAGCUCUACCCCGGUGAGCCUCCCCCAGCCACGCUCACCCCCUGGACCCAUUGGAAGCCUGGAGCGCCAAGAGUCAGUCGCCACAACAGAAGCCCGCCUAAGAAUGGAAGGAGUUGAACUUAAAGAAGAGUGGCAGGAUGAGGACUUUCCACGGCCCCUACCGGAGGAAGAGGAGCUUGAAGAUGAGCUUUUUGCAGGAACCUCUGAAGAGGGAGACCCUGGCUAUGCAAUGAACCACGGCAAGAAGGCAAAGAAGAAGCUUGCCGCUCCAGACAUCAGUCUCACACUCGACCGCAGUGAAGGUUCUCUUCUUUCUGACGAGCUGGAUGAAAGCACAGAGCUGGACCUCGAUGACAUAGAUACACCUUCAGACAACAGCAAUGAGUUUGAAUGGGAAGACGAUCUCCCCAAGCCGAAAACUACAGAACUGCUACAGAAGGGUGUGGAGUCGGUCCAGGAGUACUCGGCCUCGGAGGAGAGGGAGGAGGGUCGACGCUGGAGGGUGUUUCGCAUUGGAGACCAGGAGCACAGAGUAGACAUGAAGGCCAUUGAACCUUACAAGAGGGUUAUCAGCCAUGGAGGUUACUAUGGAGAUGGUUUGAAUGCCAUAAUUGUGUUUGCUGUGUGCUUUAUGCCUGAGAGCAAUCAACCAAAUUACAGAUACAUCAUGGACAAUUUAUUCAAGUAUGUCAUUGGCACACUGGAGCUUUUGGUUGCUGAGAACUAUAUGAUUGUGUAUUUGAAUGGGGCGACCUCUCGGAAAAAGAUGCCAACUGUCGGCUGGCUCAGAAAGUGUUAUCAGCAGAUUGAUAGGAGGUUAAGGAAGAACUUGAAGUCUUUGAUAAUUGUCCAUCCCUCUUGGUUUAUUCGCACCCUGCUGGCACUCACAAAACCUUUCAUAAGCUCUAAAUUCAGUCAGAAAAUCAAGUAUGUGUACAGCUUGACAGACCUUGCAGAGCUGGUUCCAAUGGAAUAUGUGUCCAUACCAGAUUGUAUCAAACAGUUUGACGACGAAAAAAAUAAGAAAAGCCGUAAAAGGUAUAUGCACUUUCACCCAGGAUCAGUCUCAGCAUUUUUUGCAUUUCACAAAACUAACAACGAAACAAUCCGUUGGCUUUCAGAAAUGCACCAAUACACCUCAUUAUGUCACGCGUUUUUGUAGUUGGAUGAUUUGCUGUUACCUUCUAGCCAAAUUUUCUUACUUUCCUCCCCCGUGUCCCACUUUUUCCUCUCAGUAGAUUUUAGCAAGUUCCUGAAAAGCAGGCUGAGAAGCUGUUUGAUUGGUUUCCAAAAAUAGGUGGCUUGGUGAUUGUUUAACCAACUAAAUCCCAUUUUUGACCCAAUUCUGUUCUCAAAGCCAAUUCUUGUUAAAUGUUCUUCGUUUAUUUAUUCACGGCCCAAUCAUUUAGCUAUCUGUGUGUGGUUUAAAACAUACAUAAAGUACCUUUUGUAUAUACAUUUUUACAAAAAAAAAAAGUUGGAAUAGUUUUGCUGUAGAUGGUUGCAUUGCUGCUUUCUGAUAUUAAAGUUGGGACAUCAAGUAGGACUUACUUGCAUGUGUCUUUUAAAAAAACAGGUUUAGAAUGUGAUGCGGUUUAUGUUGGGUAAGUUUGUUCGUGUUUGUACUACUGAACAUUUUGGAACUGCAGGGAAGUAGCUCGUCUUAGUCACUGUGGUGUGCGGUUUCACUGUAACCAUGUUCCUUACAUGGUUCCUCUCUGUAACUUGCCCUCACCAAACACUCGGCUUGUCCACUCUCACAGCUCUUUGCAUGACUCACUGCAUACCCACUCCCUGCUGAUGUUUAGUAAUCACAACAAACCCGGUCAGCCUUGCUCAUGCACACAGAUACUGCUCAUUGCUGAUGAGUAGCGAGUGUUCAGUUGCUGAGGUGAUUCAUUUGCAGAUAUGUCGUGAGAUGUUAGAACAUUAGAAAAGUAAUAAGUGUGGUAUUUGUAGAAGAGACUCGGAGGCCACAUUUAGUUAUGCUUCUGUUAUUAUAUGCAUGAAGUGUCUAAGUUGAUAGACAAACUUGCAAGACAAAUGCACUAAAACCUCACACGGUCCUGUGGAUUUAAAGCAAAGGCUUUCUGGCUGUUUCAACAAAAAUAGCACAUUUUAAGCCCAAAGGUUGCACAUGUCACAUGACUUUGGAUUGUAAAUAUAUUGUUCACAGGUUUGCAAAGUACACAUUAGUGCAUUUGUCUUACAAGGUUUCAAAGGAUGUAAGAACCUAAUAAUAAUAAUACAGCUGAUAUUAAGGGUUUGUACUGCCCAGAUAUGUUCAGGGCUAAAGGGAGCAUGGAUUAUAUUUUUAUUAAAAUUAAGUGCAUUCAUUUGUAUGGUGGAAAUAGGUCUGGUAAGUCAAGAAAAAUAAUUAUUCUGUCACACAAAGAAUCCUCUUUGUAAUAGUGUAAAAGUAAUGAUCACAUUUCAGAAUGUGAUUAUAUGAGAAGUGUGUUUAUGGGCAGUGUAAUAUCCUGUUAUGACUUUAAUUAUCAGUUAUCCUUGCUCUUGUCAGACAGAUGUCUUAUGACUGUUGAAUUUGUCUGCAGAAUCGAUCAGGACAUGCACGGCAAAGUGGAGAUCGCCGCUGCUGCCGUUCCAGAGUAACCCUGCUCGCACUGAAAGAUGUGGAGGAGGAGAACGAUGAAGAAUGUUUAGAACCGCUGCCACUCCUACGUUUAUAUUCUGGGCAACGUGACUGGAGACUCCGCUCUUUGCAUAAAGAAAGUGCCUUUUGAAACUAUGCUGCCUGUUACAUCAUGGACGUUUUUACAGCUUGGUCCUCUGCGUUUUUUUCCCCCACAUGCUGUCUGAAAUAUUUUUAAUCUUUUUUAUCUACUGCUGGUAUAUUGUGUCAAAUUUAGCUUAUUGUGUUCCAAUAGUUACUGUUGUAUCUACACGUUAUUUAAGGCACUCUGUUACAAAUGGUUGAUGCAUGUUCUGCUUUAUUACAUUUAAAUAUAUAUUUAUAUUCAAAAGGUGACAAUGGGGAGAAAUUAAUAUAUUUUUAUGGAUGCUCUGAUUUUAAACUGCAUUUUAGGUCUCUGACCCAUUGAGUGGCAUUUCAUGGAAGUUUUGACGGCACCUUUUUCACUGUUCACUGCUGACAUUCUCUGUUAAAAUCCUGCCUGGGGGAAAAUAAAGUUUUAUUUUUUGCCCCUCACUUGAAUGUGCCCUCUGACUUAUGGAGGGAGAACAUUUGAGAGAGCAGCAAUCUGAAGCAAAGAUGUAGGUCUUAAUGUAACAUUUCCUCCAAGUAAAAUCAUGGAUCCACA